AUGUCAUUCCAGUUCGCACUAUCAAGUGCAGAUCUCAGCGACGACGAGCUGAGUGACUCUCAAAACAGUCACCAAAUUUCAACAGGUGACAUCACGGGCGCCGCUACCCCGGCUGUAAACCCAUUAGACGCACCUCAUCUCAGAUCCAACGAGCUUAAGCAGCCCCAGUGGGAGGGCCUGAAUAAAAUCCUAGAGAGCCUGAAAGAUGUACGAGUUUCGUUCGAAAAAAUCCAUACACCUGACAAGGGCAUUCCUCUUUACCGGAGGGAGCUUUUCGACGUCAAACAUCAAUUGAUGACAGAAUCAGAUGAGAAGGAUGACGAGCAAAGCAAGGUCGAAUUGGAGAUACUUAUGGGCGAAACAAAUGAAGACGUCCGCAAAAAUGUUUAUGAGGGUGGACUCAAAUCAUGGGAGUGUUCCAUUGACCUUGUGGAUGCUCUUUCGACUGACUUUGGCAACGGAUUUAGCUCUGGCACGAUACUGGAACUCGGUUGUGGAACAUCUCUGCCGUCUGAAUACCUUUUCGCACAGCUGCUAAAAUCAAACAGACGUUGCGAUGCCAAGCUCAUUCUGGCGGACUACAACGAUUCUGUUUUACGCUUGGUGUCAAUCCCUAACCUCAUCAUCACCUGGGCGCUCUUGACUUUAGACGAACAAAAACUCACCACACUCCAGCAGGGUGGAAAUGAAACUGUGCCAAUUGUUGAAUACGAACUUAUUUUCACAUCAGAGCUCCUGACGGCUUUCGAGGAGGACAUCGUCAAGAGAGGCAUCUCGAUACUUCUGGCAUCUGGGACUUGGGGCCGCGAUUUGUGCUCCCUAUUAUCUCCGGAACUUUCCCGAUCGGAAGAAGUUCUGCUUCUCUCUUCUGAAACAAUCUAUCAUCCAGAAACACUACCAAUUAUUUCAGAACUCAUUUUGGAACUGAUGCAGCUCACUGCUCAUGCCUCGAAUUCUACGAUAAAGACGCUUGUGGCUGCUAAAGACAUAUAUUUCGGUGUUGGAGGGAGUGUGAUUGAGUUCGAAAGGUACAUGCAACAAAGAAUAAAAGAGCGCCGCUUAGGCUUAAAACUCUUUACACAAAAAGUUCAAGCUGGGCUGAAGCGGUCAAUUGUAUCGAUAGAAUAA